CUCACCGAUGCGAGAAGGCUCUUAACCGCUGGUUUCGCUGCUUCUGCUCAUUUUCGCGCAGAUCACGUUGAGCGCAUGUUUGUACGACUUGGUCAUUACCGCAUUCCACAUAUGCAAGCUGUGUGGAAGCUGAUUUGAGUUUGCGAGUGACCGCAGAACGACCCGCUCUAAAGUGCGACCUUUCCGGCGCUGAAACGCCUGCCUGUGACAGUCCUCGAUUCAAACAAGAACGGACAUGCUAUACGUUGCUACCUCAAGCUCUCAAUGGCGAACAACGGAGGUUCAACAUUAGCGUACCAUGGCCGCCUGGUUUCGCAACCUGGCAAUGGGAUAUCAAGUUUGCAUGCUGAAGAAUCGCUUGAGCAUCCCACUCCACUCAGGAGUCAAAUCAAUACGACAAGCCAUGCGACGCACGAUCGGCGCGUAUUGCGAAAAAGAAAUUCGUUCUUUGGCCGUUCCAACUCAGAUGCCGUUGUUCUUCGUCGUCCGCCCAUCAACUCUCCGACAACGAUAUGUGAAGACCCGGUCGAUGUUCCAGUGCGACCCGACACGUCGCUAAGCAACCGUCGGAGAAGGGGGGAACCUCUGGAGCAAAUCCGCAAUUCGAUCUUCGGCGGCCGUAGGCGAGAGGCUCCGCCAAACUCACGAAACGGCGGUUGGUCGUCGAACACGUCGCGAGGCUUGUCUCGCGAUCGCGAUAUGCGGACGGAAGAUGUUGCCCUUCCUCGCUCUCACUUCGAUUCUGAAGAGGACUAUUACCGCUAUUUGAGGAAGACGAGCAUCUCACCUCCGUUCAACUUCGAGCAUGUAACGCAUACUGCACGUAGGGAGCUACCGAGUCUGCAUGAGAUCGACGACAGAGAUCUGACAGCGCGCUUCUGGGCCAUUGCUGCCUAUCAACCGCCACGACGGCAGCUCAACGGCAUUGAGGCGGAAGACCUUGCUAAAAAGCUUCCUGCGAUGGGCGUCGAGAGAGGAGCUUCAAGUUCAAGACCGACCUCACCUGUUCCAGCGCAUACGCGCGAAGACCGAUUAAUGCCGUCCAUCCUAUCAAGAGUAAAUCCCGGUAUCAAUGAAGCGGUCUUUGGUGAAGCGACAGAGACUAGCUCCGAUGCGAAGCAGGCCUCGCCACCUUUUCGACCUAAGACGCCCACUGGACAGCCAUUAAGACACCCAAGGCGACAGUCAUCGCUUGGCGCCCUGAACGAGCAGAGAUUGCAGUAUCUCAGGCAAUCACCACCGUCUCCAGCGCGAUCAAUCUUCACAGUGCCCCGAAGUCCACAGGCGCCUGAUCCUGUCAUCGAAGAGCCAAUAAGAUCUUCACGCCCAGUGUCGAAAGAAGCUGAAUGCGGUAAAGCUCGACGACGGUCCAGCGUGAUAGAUCGCAGCAAGCAACCGCUCCCACCGCUACCUUCGAAGCCAGUCAUCUGGCAAGGCUCGCUAGCCUCACUGAAGCACAGCCGACCAGGGACGGUGUCUGUGGCAUCAGCCGCUUCCAGUGAGAUCACAGAGUCCUCAAGAUCCAAGCGGUCUUCGCGUUGGUCUUCUGCCUCAGUGAAGAAGUCGCCCGCCGUAUCCAAUACCACGGUGGCAAGCGAUGCAAGACUCUUAAGUAUGGUAUCCGAUGGCACCUGGGAGGACGACGUAGACUUCUGCUACCAGCAAGAAGCGGAAUCCACGUGUGACUUUGACUGGCAUGGCGUUACAGCCGCUCGUGAUUCGCUCGCAGAUAGCGAUGGUGGCGUCAGGAUUUCUGCAUGGAUUGCGCCUUCGUCAUGCUCUACGACUUGUGAGAAUGACAGUCUUCGACCAAGACUAAGCGAAGACAGUCCCGGACGGCAGCAUGCGCGAGCUUCACAAACACAACAUCAGCGUGGCCAGCCGGUCGGUCACCGCGGCUUUCUGGCAGCCAGAACAGGGACAAACAUUAACCCCGGGCAGCAUUUUGCACCGUCGGUCCUGGAGCUUCCGUCGAAGAUAGCGCGAGUGAGCAUCCUGUCACCCGUUUUCAGCGUGGCUGCUUCGGACGAGUCGACACCUAAUUCGCCGUUUUCGCCCAACACGCUGCAUUGUCGCGAUUCAGAUGGCGUGAAACGUCCCAGCUCCGAAUAUUUGAGUGACCCCGAGUCAAGCGGAACAGCUGAGUCGCGCCGUCGCGCUUCUAGUUCAUAUAGUUCCAACGAAGCAAUUGCACGAGGCAAGCAUUCAGUGGGUCGGGAGACGGUGCGGUGGUCGGUGCCAUCCUCGAACAGUAUACCCGAGUUGCUGCACAGCCGGCGCCGCAGCAAAGUCGGAAUCCAGAAAAGCUUCAUUUCUCGGCCUUUGGAGUCGCUGCCGCAAAGUCCAGGCAUUCAUGAUGGGCUGACAGAGGAGGAGAGCGCGGUUGUGCCGAGAGUGUCGCAGGUCGAGCCUAUGCACCACACGUUUGCUGUUCGCCAAUCACAGCCGUCUUCUAACCACGUUGCUUAUUCGAGGCAGGCCGCGAACAGUGGAACUCGACCAGUACCAGUGACUGCUGUACAGGACUGGUUGUGAGAGAUGUAGCAUGUGUUAAAAUCUAUCACUUCUUGCCAGGGAUUGGAAGGGGGAACAUGACCUGCCCUGACUCGAUGACAUAGAAUAAGACGUACAGCUGUACUAUACUAUAGUUACCUUUCGUGCAAGUCAUGGUCGCGCCC